AAUCUGUUAUGUAGAGGGAGCUAGUUGGGCGUGUUUGGCUGAUCAAUAAGAAAAGCAUGACAUGAAAGGCGUACAGGCAGUUCCAAACCUCCGAUCCGACCCACAAAACCUCCCCACAUUUCUGCCCUGCCUUAUCAUCACCCCCUCCCCUUCCAUAUUCAUGGUCCCAACCCCCACGUGUCGCCAAACCAUUGCGUCAUGCAUCCACGUGUCGCCCGAUCACGGGUGCCGCUUGGGGUCUUUUAUUAGUACCUAACCGCCACUCUGCCUCAUCUGCCUCAUGAUCAACCUCAUCAACCUCACCACCAUUUCCCCUCCCCUCUCUUUACUCUUUAGCAGCUACCAUUGCUCAAACACUUGCAGCUUUAGCUCUAAUUCUUCUUCAUCAAUCAAUAUUAUUUUCUUCUUUCCUUUUUUUCUUUUUGGUGAUACCAACACCGACUUUAAACAAGUAAUUAAGAGGAACUGAUGGAGAGCACAGAUUCAUCAUCGGGUUCACAAGUACACCCGCAGCUGCCACCCGGGUUCCGGUUCCACCCGACCGAUGAAGAGCUGGUGGUCCAUUAUCUCAAGAAAAAGGCCGCCUCCGCUCCUCUACCGGUCACCAUCAUCGCCGAGGUGGACUUGUACAAGUUUGAUCCAUGGGAGCUACCAAGCAAGGCCACGUUUGGGGAGCAAGAGUGGUAUUUUUUCAGUCCAAGAGACCGGAAGUACCCGAAUGGGGCAAGGCCUAACAGAGCGGCAACUUCAGGGUAUUGGAAGGCCACGGGCACCGAUAAGCCUAUUCUAACAUCCACUGGAAACCAAAAGGUUGGCGUUAAAAAAGCUCUGGUUUUCUAUGGUGGCAAGCCCCCAAAAGGGAUCAAGACCAAUUGGAUCAUGCACGAGUAUCGCCUAGUCAACAACAACAACAACAACUUUUCUAAGCCUCCUGAUGCAUCCAACAAAAAAGCCUCUUUAAGGCUUGAUGAUUGGGUAUUGUGUCGGAUUUAUAAGAAAAACAAUGCGCAGAGGCCUAUGAUGGACGAGGAUUCUUCCAAUAAUUCUAUGGACGGUAUGUUUGUCCACCCAUCAUCAAUAUUGCCAGCUCCGCCGCCGCCGCAGCCAAAGCACACUACAAACUACACGGCGUUGCUCGAAAACGAUGAUCACGAGGGUUUUUUCGAGGGUAUAUUAUCGUCAAGUGAUCAACAAGGAUCUCACCCUCAUCAUCAUCAUCAUGAUCAGUUUGGUGGUAUAUCUACUUCAAGCUCAAAAAGUAACCUACCCGUGAAACGUCCACUUCCAUCGUCGUUUUGGAACGAUGCGGGAUCGAUGGGGACUGGUCCUGCUGCUACUACAAGUUCAUCGAGCAAAAGGUUUCAUGCUGAUCUCAACAGUGGUAUUAGCACCACUGCUGCAGGUGGGGUUGAUGAAAGCAACUCCUCCUUUGUUUCUAUGCUAAACCAGUUCCCACAGGGUACGGCGCCGUUUCACCCUAAUGCACUUCUUGGAUCCCUCGGAGAUGGGAUUUUGCGCCAACAAUUUCAACACCCAAGUAUGAAUUGGAAUUCAUAGCUUGGUUUUAGAUGAUGGAUGGGUCAGAUUCAGAAUCAUCUGUAGCUAGCUAUAAUCGCUUUGGACUGUAACUAUAGCAUGAACAUACGGGUAAGGUUCAUAUAUUUUUAUUUUAUCUUUUUGAUAAAUUUCUAUUUUCACUCUUCCAAAUUAUAUACUUGUGAUUAUGGUCAUAACAAGAACAUGGUUUAUGUAGAUAAUUCAAAAAAUAUAUUUAUGUU